CUGGACUGGUGUCCUAGUUCUUCCCUGACCAGUGUUCUCCUUGCUCUACUCUGGCCCUAAUUACUUCAGGCCACCCAGCCUCAUCACUCUGGACUGGGCUCGCCACAGCCAGAAGUUCCUGCAAUCCCAUUUGCCUGCUCCAUCCUGAACUCUUGGUGUCUUGCAGGCUGCCCUGGAGCCACCAGGAAGUAGGACAGCCAGUCCCGGGUGCUGGCUCCACCUCCCUCCCACUCUGGCCCCAGGAAACCUGCAGCUCAGAGAGCAGCCUGCACUCUUCACUCGGCACCCAUGCUAAGCCACUGCAGGCCGGGAGCCUCCGAGGUCAGGCAGCAGCAUGGAGCUGGUCCAGGACACCUCCUGCCCACCUCUGGCUUAUGUGAAGGGGGUCCCGCUCAUCAAGUACUUUGCGGAGGCCAUAGAGCCUCUGCAGAGCUUCCAGGCCUGGCCCGAUGACCUGCUCAUCAGCACCUACCCCAGGUCCGGCACCACCUGGGUGAGUGAGAUACUGGACAUGAUCUACCAGGGCGGUGACCUCGAGAAGUGUUGCCGAGACCCCAUCUACCUGCGGGUGCCCUUCCUGGAGUCUGGAGGUCCAGGGACUCCCUCAGCUGCUCAAGACGCACCUGCCUGUGGCCCUGCUGCCCCGGACUCUGCUGGGUCAGAAGGUGAAGGUGAGGCAGGGCAGGUACCCAGGGUGGUCUAUGUUGCUCGCAAUGCAAAGGACGUGGCGGUCUCCUAUUAUUACUUCUGCAAGAUGGCCAAGCUGCACCCUGAUCCGUGUACCUGGGACAGCUUCCUGGAGAAGUUCAUGGACAGCAAAGGUGGGCCUGACUGCAGUGAGGAGGGGCUGAGUGAGGGGCGGUCAGCUAACCUGAGACUGUAUUGUUGUCUCUUGUCCCCUUCCCUAGUGUCCUAUGGGUCUCGGUACCAGCACGUGCAGGCGUGGUGGGAGCUGAGCUGCACCCACCCUGUUCUCUGCCUCUUCUAUGAGGACAUGAAGGAGGACCCCAAAAGGGAGACUGAGAAGAUCCUGGAGUUCGUGGGGUGCUCCCUGCCUGCGGAGACCGUGGACCUCAUCGUCCAGUAUACAUCCUUCCAGGAGAUGAGGAAGAACCCCAUGACUGACUCUACCACCCUAGACCCUGAGCACGUGGACCACACAGUCUCCCCCUUCAUGAGGAAAGGCAUGGUGGGGGACUGGAAAAGCACCUUCACGGUGGCCCAGAAUGAACACUUUGAUGCCCACUAUGCCGAGAAGAUGGCGAGCUGCAGCCUCCCCUUCCGCUGGCAGCUCUGAGUGCUGAAAUGGGUCUUCCAAGUGCUGACAAGAAUCUCCUGUCAAGCUCAGCUUACAGCAUUCUAGGGCUUCUCUAGCUGGCAUCUCUAAACAUUUCCAGACUCCAUAACCAGUUCCAAGAGGUUCUGAACUGGACAGCAGGUAGCAGCACACAAUGAUUCUAUUUCUCUGGUACUAAAAUCUGUUUCAGUUACUUUCCUGGCCUGGGGACAAAAUACCCAGCACUCAUAACUUUCAGGACUAGGCAUUUAUUUUGGCUCACAGUUCACAGGUUUUUUAGUCCACAUUUAGCAGGCUAAAACCCAGAAACUGCAUGGCAGAAGGUGCUGGGCAGAGGAAUGCUUCUCAUAUCAGGGGGCCAGGAAGCAGAGGAGAGGAGCCAGGAAGAUUUACCCUUCCACAUCACACCCUCUAGUUACUUGCUAACCAUUUCUACCUUCUAAAAGCAAGUUAGUGACAGCGCCCCAUGAUCAAAUCACCUUCCAAACACAUGAGGCUUUAGGAGCCUUCUUAGAUGUAAACCACAACACAAGGUCCUACCAAUCGUAACAUACAUGGUUAGGACAUACAGAAAUAUCUCUUGACCCAAUUUUGUGGCUUAGAUCAGCUUUAUUUUCCUACAUUGAUCCUUUCCCUGUCUGCUACCUAAAACUCCCAUUCCUGAAAACCCCAUGGUCCUCCCAGAGGCAUCAGGCCUGCUGCAGUGGGCAGGACAGCAUUGGGUAGGGUCACUCACUUGGUAGGAGCAGAGGGGAAAGGGAGUCCUGUGCAGCUCUGGGGAGGGCAUAGGCUCAGGAAGCCCUGAUGAUCAAGACUGGUCUUAGCUGCAAGUGGUGGCACUCACCUGUAAUCCUGGCACGCAGGAGGAUCACAAGUUCCAGCCCAGCCUGGGUAAUUUGCAUUUAGGAGAUUCUAUCUCAAAAUAAAUUUAAAGGGCUGAGGAUGUAGCUCAGUGGCUCUGGUCCUGCCUGGCAAGCGCAAGGUCCCGAGUUCGAUCCCUGGUACAGAAAAAAAAUAAGUGCUGGGGCUGUAAAGGUGUCCUAGGUUCAAUUUCCAAUAGGGCAAAAAUAAAUAUGUAAAUAAAUUAAAAGACUGGGGACUUAUGGUGACAAAAAGCUUAAAAUUCUGAACACCCCAAUUUUUCUGCUGACAGUCCUGCCCAGAAAGUACUGAGUGGUCAUAAGGCAACUCCCAAAUUCUGACUAAAGCAGCACAGAUAUAAAUAAAGAACUCUCUAUUCCUAUCAGGUUAUGAUCCAUGUUUCCCCCAAAGUUAGAGAGUACAGGUGUCUUUCUCUGAGUCUGAAGAGCCACUUGUGAAGCCUAAGCAAGAGGCCUGGACAGUUUGUAACUUGGAUACACAAGUUCACUUACAAAACAGGCAUUCUUGGAAGAUUAAGAACAGGAUGUCCUGAAAAAUGAACUUCUAAGACACAUUUGCUAACUCAAGCCCUUUCCCAGAUCUUCAGUCAUAAAAACCUAAUCUCAUUGUAACUGAGGUUCCUCAAUUGGAUACUCUCCAAAAAAAGGCCCAAAAGAAAUUGAGGAAGAUGAAAUUUCGGGGGGAGGGGGUUUAGAGGAGAAGAGCCUGACCUCCCUGUUUGAGCCAGAUGGGCUCGGCUAGUGGCUGCUGUGCCCCUCCCCCUGCCCAGUGGGCUGAGACACCGAGCUUCAGUGUCCUCCCUGACCAGAUGACCAGCACGCUCCACCCCAGCAUGAGUGCAGCCAGACAGGCGGUGUGGUGCCCUCCCUGCUCUUGCCACUUCACACUUUAUUGCUGCCUUUGUGGGGAAGGGAGGGGCACCCUGGAGUGGCUAAGAUCAGGAAAGGAUGGACCUGGGCCCCUUAUUUGGGUAACAUUCACAGCAAGCUUUCAGUCCUGUCUCUGAAACAGGCCUACAGCUGCUAUACAAGCAGUGUCCCCAGUCAUUGCUUUGGUUUUAGUCUAGGAGGGCUCCUGUCAAGGCUGAGCCUCCCUGGAGGGCAUCCAGAGGGGUUUGCACAUUAGUCCAUCACGAGUGAGUUAAUUCCCCAUAAAGAACAGGAUGCAGAGCCAAUCAUCAGCAAAAGGGCAACAUCAGAGCAGGAGAGCUGAAGCCAGAGCCCCAGAGCUCAAGAGGUGUGUGCCUUUAUUCCUUCAAAAACAGCUACAGUUGGGGCUGGGGGUGUAGCUCACUGGUUCUGCCGUCUGCCUCACAAGUGCAAGGACCUGAGUUCAAUCCCCGGUAUCAAAAAAACAAAAAACAGCUACAGUGCUACAGUGCUCUUUAUCUCACAGCAGUUACAGUGCCUUAUAGGGAAUGCUGACAAACACCUGCUGUGUGACCUUGGCCAUGAUGCACAUGCAUGGUUCAGUAUGUUGUCACAUAUAACUGGCCCUUUACGUGCAUGGCCCUGAGGGCAGUCAUGUCUUUAGGUGUCCUCAAGUGCACUUAGGUUUCUCAGGCUUUGAGUUUACUCAGAAGUGGUACCCCACUGAUCCCUCCUUGAGUACUGACCCUCCUGUGCUGGAGCAUGGGCCCUGUUAAAAGACUUGAUUUGGUGUUCCUGUAAAAACAAAGCAACUAGGCUUGGGUGUGGUGACGCACACCUGUAACCCCAGCACUUGGGAGGCAGAGGCAGGAGGACUGCUGUGAGUUUGAGGCCAACCUGGGCUACAUAGUUGGCGAAGCCCAACCGACUUCCAAUGCUGCUUGACAAAGUUUCAGCUGGGGGAAAGAAAGGGUGGAACACA